UUGAUGAUGGCCAGUCACUCUGUCUCUGGCCUCUCCUUGGUCUCUGCCUCUAUUCUGCAUCUGCAUCUGCAUCUGCACCAACACCUGUGACCUGCAGCCAUCAAUCAUCAUCUAAUCUAAUAAUAAAAUACCAUCGUGGGGCUCGUGCUUUGUCCGCCCGCACACCUUGGUAAUGGUUUAUGCCGCCAUCAAUAAUCACCAUCAUUCUGCCUCACUCAGGAAGUUCUGCGCAUCCUCUUUGUCCGGUCGCGUUUCUAAAGACGCCGCUACUCACUACAUGCAUAGCUGGAGAAGAGCGCGCGCAUAAUGGUAGAUUUAUUUUCAACAUAUUCUAUCCAUUCAUUAUUGUCCGUCAGCUGCGACCCGUCCGUCAGCUCUCCGGGUGUGCACUGUGUAGGUGCAAGUACGUGCCUUCGCGUGCUCCAGGAUCAACACUCCGAGUAUCCAUCCAAUGCACAGAGGAUCAUCCUAAGCCGUGUGUUGUGAUCAUUGCGAUUACGAUUGCGAUUGCGAUUACGAUUACGGUUGCGCACUCCACUUCAGCAUCACUCGUACUGAAUAAUAUAGUUACAGUACUGUUAAUUAACUAAAGGAUCAUUUCUAUAGGUACCGCCAUGUAAAGCGCUACGGAUAUGGUGCAAGUCUCUAUUCAUGCAUCCAUUUGACUACUUCAUAAGUACGGAUUUCUGAUAA